AUGGCCAAAAUCCACAAUGUGGCCGGAUCGUCGAAAAUUUCCACCCAAAAACGGCCGACGGAUGGGGGGCCCACGGCCUUUUACGACCUCCACGCAGGCCCCAGGGCCUACGUCGGCCGCCCCCGCCCCUUUAUUAACCCAUAUAACGAACGAUACGCUAACGGAACCCACGCAGGCCCAAAGGCCGACCAGGGUUCCCACCCAGGUCCAAAGGCCUUCCAGGGCUCCCACCCAGGUCCAAAGGCUUUCCAGGGCUCCCACCCGGGUCCAAAGGCCUGCAAAGGCCUCCACGCAGGGCCCGGGACUUUCCAAAACCUCCACGCAGGGCCCAGGACCUUCCAAAACCUCCACGCAGGGCCCAAGGCCUACGCAGGCCCUUAA